CGGUGUUUCAACUCCACUUCCAUCUUCUUCUUCUUCGAACCACCGCCGCCUCCGGCUCCGCUCCUCCGUAGCGGCUUAAAUCCGCACCGAAAAUUUUCCGUUCUCUUGGACAGCUCCACAAACGGCCCCGAAUGGACUAUCCUCUUUGUUGAUCUACAGGCGGGUAAUCUUAUAGGAGUGCUCCUUCCGCAACGCCAGUUCCGAUCUCCUCCUCCUCCUCUUUCGUGUAUCUGAGACAGAUAAGGAUGUUGAGACAGUUGACAUCCCGUUGUUCUACCAUCAUCACACCUUUAAUUUGUCAUUCGGCAGAAAAAGUUCACUCACACAUUCUUGGCGAAAGACCUUUGCUUAUAAAUUUCCCAUCCCAUACAUUUUUACGAACUUUCCUUGACCUGCACCAGUUUCACAAUAAAGAUGCCAUUGCAAAGGAGAGGGCUAGGCUUUCAGAUGAGAUAAGCAGAGGAUACUUUGCUGACAUGUCAGAGAUACAUAAAAAUCAUGGCAAGAUUGCUUUAGCAAAUAAAACUAUAAUACCAUCUUUGAUUGCUGCUAAGUUUCCCAACCUGGAAAUAAACUUCUCAGAUGGUAGAUGUGAAAAAUUACCUAGUAAUCCUGAGCAAAGAAUAAAUGAUUCCAGUCAAACAGCACUUCCCUGUGUGACAUUGUUAUCUCUUUCAUUUCGGGCAAGUUCUCAGAAAAUGGUUGAAUCAUGGAGUCUUCCUGUUUUGAAUGCUUUUGGUGAUGCUGGCACAGUGAAAAUAUACGAGGUAUCAUUUAUAGACUCUUGGUUAUUCUCCCUGAGUCCGGUAAAGCGGCUUUUCCUCAAGAUUAUGCUGAAAUCUAGUAAUCCACAGAGGCAGAUUGCUUACUCGUUUGGUGAUCAUUACUAUUUCAGAAAGAAGCUCCAGAUUCUGAAUCUUCUCACAGGGUAUACCUUCCUUCUUGAUAGUUCAGGCUGUAUCAGAUGGCAAGGUUAUGGAUACGCUACUGAAGAGGAAAUUUCAUGGCUUCUAUCGUGCAUUUCUCUUUUGUUAGACGAGAAAUGAGACUCUUCGAGUAUCAUCCUGAGUCUAUUUUUUGAUGUCCUUCGGCCUGAUUUUGUAUGCAUACCUUAGAAGUAACGCAAGCGCCAACCAAUAACGUGCACUAUAACCAGCUCAAUACCGUGUUGUUGUUAAGGAGAUCCGAUAACCUUGAUCACAAUUAUUUAUGAUAGAGGCGCAUUGGCAGUUGAGAAGCCCAGAGUUGUUAAAUUUUUUUUGAGACAUCCACAUUUUGAAAACAUUGAAAUUUAUGAGCGUCAAAAAUUGCUGAAAAAAGAGACGAUAGAUGCUGUGAUGAAGUUGAGGCUUUCCGUAUUAUUUUCUUUAGCAACUCUUUUGCAGACUUGGUGCAAAUUUUCCCAUUCCAUCUUUUGCUAAUGUAUGUCACAGAUAUUCGACCUUU